CCCCUGGUUCCAAAGGUUCGGCGGCGCUCGAGUUCCAGUUGCCGUAGCUGGAGGCGGAGCGGGAGGAGCGAGAAGAGUCGCCGUGGGGAUGACCGGGAGCGCGUUCAAUGCGUUCAAGGCGCGGGUGCCGAUCGAGUGGAGCCCGCGGCUGUACAUCACGCUGGUGCGCGGUCUCCCGGGAACCCGCCGCCUCCACCGCCGCACCCUCGAAGCCAUGCGCCUCCGCCGCUGCAACCGCACCGUCAUCCACCGCACCACCCCCUCCCUCCUCGGUAUGCUCAACCAGGUGAAGAGGUUGGUUGCGGUGGAGACCGAGGAGAUGUACAAUGCCCGGAAGGAGCAGGAGGCGGAGCACCGAUCUCUCCGCCCUCCCAUCGUCGUCAGUCAUCCGCCCCCUGCUGCCGAUCAGUCAUGAUGGCCAUCUGAAGGCAUAUGGAUUUAGGUUGGCUGUAUAAUUGCCACCUAGUCUCUGGAUACGUAAAUCAACAUAAUCAGCUGUCAGUGGAUAGACUGUUGUUUUCUUUCAUGCAAAGCUACUUUAUAAUCAGUAUUCAGAUAAUAUUAUUGUACUCGUAUGCUUAUCAAUUUCAUAUGUAGCAAAUUUCAUUGUGAUUUUUCUUAUAUAAAUAUGUACAGUAAACUUGUCUUGUUAACAUCAACUCUUGGAAACCUUCACACUGCCCAGUCAUAUGUGCUUCUGCUGACAAGGCCAUUUGAUACAUUGAGGUCAUGGGUUCCAAUUGAUCUUUACCUUUUGAAUAUAAAA